AUGCGCCACUUCAGCUUGAGCACCCUGCGCGGUUUGGGCGUCGGUAAAUCAAUCUUCGAAGAACAGAUCGGAACAGAGGCAGAGGAGUUGAUUAAAGCAAUGGCAGCCUUCAACGGCAAACCUUUCAACCCGAAGCCCCAUCUGGCCGGCGCAGUGUCCAACGUCAUCUGCUCCGUCACCUUCGGUCAGCGCUACCAGUACGAUGACCAAGACUUCCAACGACUCCUAGCCUUGGAGAGCAGCCUCGUCUUAAACUUGGGAAUAGGCGGGUUCUUCUUUUUUUUCGGCGAUGUGGGUGCUAGGCUACCCUUCCUGAGAUCCGAGCUCCAACGACUGGAAACCGAUCACAAUCAGAUCCUAGCAUUCAUAAAGAGUGUCAUCGAUUUGCACCGCUCCAAGUUUGACUCCUACAAUUUAAAUGACUUCGUCGACGCUUACCUAAUGGAAAUAAAACGAUGUGCUCCAAAAGGUGCCUCCUCCACUGAACACGAUGUGAGUGUUGACGAAUCUAGCAAUACACGAUUAAAUAACAAAAACUUACUUUACGUGGUGGACGAUCUGUUUUCCGCGGGCUCAGAGACCACGGUCACUACACUGGAGUGGUGUCUCCUUCACAUGGCCAUCUACCCGGAGGUUCAGCAGCGUGUCCAGGCCGAGAUUGACGCCGUGGUUGGUCGUAAUCGGCGGCCAAGGCUUGCCGACAAGCCUGGUCUGAAUCUCACCCGAGCCGUGAUCUGGGAGGUCCAACGCAUGGCCAGUAUUGUGCCCUUGGGUCUGCCGCACGUUGCCGCUGCUGACACGCAGCUGAAUGGCUUCCUAAUACCAAAAGGUACAUUUAUUGUGUCCAACUUGUGGAGGAUUUUUCGCGACCCCACCCUAUGGCCAGAACCAGAGAGCUUCAAGCCGGAACGAUUUUUGAAUGCCGAAGGCGAGGCCGUCAAACCAGAAGAGUUUAUUCCUUUUGGCGUCGGUCGCCGUAUCUGUCUGGGUCAGCACCUGGCCGAGAUGGAGCUUUUCGUCUUCUUCAGCUAUUUCAUGCACAAGUUCACCUUUAUGAAAUCCGCUGAUGCACCGCCACUGACUUUAGAAGGAAAGUCCAGCGUCACCUUCUCGCCUUUGCCGUUCGAGAUAUGUGCUGUCGAGCGCAAUUGACAUGACCGUGCAAGUACUUCUUCCCUGCCGGAUUCCACAGGUUGCAUCGGCAUGAUGUCUGGGAUAUCCUGUCCAUUAAGUAUUAAUUAACAUACAAAAGGGUCGUUAAUUGCGGCAUGUCCAAAGUUUAGGAAAACUGUGCUCUGCGCAGUGGCGUAAAUUUGUGACGGAGA